AUGGUGGACGUCCAGGUCCACAGAUGCAGCCUCCCCCACAGGAACGACUCCAACUUGAAGAAGCUGCCGCCGAACGCCUCCUGGUGUAUGCGCUUGAGACGGGGCUUCCGGAAGCUGAUCAUCGUCAACCCGAAGAACUUCAGAUGCAAGAUUUUCUUCAGCAACAAAUCCAUGAUCUUGACCGAACAGAGAAGACACAUAAAUAGCCCGUACUACUACGUGAUCCACCCUUACAGUACACUGAGUUCGGCGUACGAGGUGGCCUUUCUCAUCACCUGGAUGGUCAAGAUGAUCACCGAUCCCAUCCUGGAGAUUACAGAUCCGGUGAACUACGUGCUAAAGGUAAUCGUCGAUCUAGUAUUACCCGUGAUUCAAUACGUGUUGAUUUUUUCGUUAUUUUUCGUUGGGUACAUAGAUGUAGAGGCUAGAGAGAUCGUCAUAGAGCCUAAGCGUGUCAUCAAGAAGUACCUGAAGACGUUCUUCAUCGUCGACCUCUUGGCGGCCGACGGGCUCGAGUAUGUAGUGUUGCUACCCUUCCAGAUUUUCAAGGUAGUUCCUAAUUGGAGGUUCAUGAAGGUAAUACAGUACCUUCACGUAUUCUUCUUGUACGCCAGGGUCAACACCAUCUUGGCCUACAUGAACGACGUCUUGCACAUGUUUAAAGUCUCACGCAAGAUACGCAAAUCCUUAGGUUAUUGCCUCAAGACCUACGUCUACUUACACCUGUUUAGUACUUUGGUAUAUUUCGUCCCGAUGGUCGUGUAUUACCAGAAAUGGCCGGUCGACUCCUGGAUAGUCGUCGCCAAGCUGGACCCUGCGCAAAACCCUUCGAUCCAAACGAUAUACAGAGAGUGCUUCCUGAUGACGAUGUGCUUCUUCUUCGGCACGUCAUCCGGCAAAUACAACGUCAACCAAACCAACGAGCAGAUCUGCUUCUGUCUCAUCACUCUCUUCGGCAGAAUGUACACUUUGUUCCUGGUGGCGGACGCGCUGAGGAUGUUCGGCGUGGUGGGAGUGUCGGAAAGCAGCUACGAGAGGAACUUGGUACAGCUCAACGAAUACAUGAAGGCCAACGAUCUGCCCUUCACCAUGAGAAACCGAAUGGUUAGGUACUACGAGCACAAGCUGCAAAAGCGCUACUUCAACGAGGAGGAGAUCCUCAACAGUUUGUCCGACAACUUGAGGAACGAACUGUUCCUUUAUUCGGCCAGAAUGCUCAUUGAAAAAUCUCAGAUUUUCAAGUACCUGCCUCAGAGGGAGACUGCCACCCUGAUUUCCCUGAUGAAGACUGAGACUUUCGCUCCAGGCAACGUAGUCCUGAGAACCGACAAUUACAACGAAUACGUAUACUUCAUCUCCACUGGGUCGGUGGCGAUCUUCAACAAUACGGGCAUCGAGUUGUGCCACUACGGCGACGGGGAUGCUUUCGGCUUCAUCUCGAAGAUUUUGAACAAGAACAACUACACCGUACUGAUCCUCGAGACGACGGAACUCUUCACCAUCAGGCUUAAGGAACUGAACGAGUUCCUGGAGCCGUAUCCCGAGGCUAUGACAUUCCUAAAUGAAAUGAUUAAGGUGAGGUUGGCCGAAUACAAGUUGCUAGCCGAUACCAAGAUGAACACGGGCAACUGCCUGGUGGAACUAAGGACCGGUAGACUGUUGGAGAGAAGAAAAGAAAGGGGCAUAUUUCAAGAAUAG